AUGGGUAACCUACCCUCAUCUCGUAUCACGCCAUCCCGUCCAUUUUCUGUCUCCGGUGUAGAUUAUGCCGGACCAUUCCUACUUCGAGAUCGGAAAGGAAGGAAUCCCAAAAUUACCAAGGCAUAUGUAGCAUUAUUUGUUUACUUUGCUACAAAGGCCCUGCAUUUGGAAGUUGUAAGUGAUCUCACUUCUGAAUGUUUUAUCGCCUGCUUACGGCGUUUCAUGUCUAGACGAGGUAAGUGCCAUGAACUCCAUUCAGAUAAUGGAACUACGUUCGUUGGCGCAAAUAAUGAACUCAAGUCAUUUCUUAAUAUUAACAACGAAUAUAUCUCAGACAAUCUCUCAAAGGAGGGUGUACAGUGGCAAUUCAUUACCCCACAAUCUACUCAUUUGGGAGGGAUAUGGGAAUCUGGAGUAAAAUCUACCAAACAUCAUUUGAGACGAGUAAUGGGGGACGCGGCUCUUACUUUAGAGGAAUUUGUUACAGUAUUGUGUCAAGUAGAGUCCUGUUUGAACUCCCGACCACUCUAUCCAUUAUCUAAUGAUCCAAACGAUAUGAAUCCUUUAACUCCUGGGCACUUUCUGAUAGGAGAAGCAUUAACGACGAUUCCUGAACCGAGACUCCUUGAUAUCAAGGAAAACCGACUAUCACGUUUUCAAAAAACACAACAAAUUCUGCAACGCUUCUGGUCAAGAUGGACCAAAGAAUAUAUUUCACAUCUUCAGACCAGAGUUAAAUGGAAGAUAAACCAUCCUCAACUACUUCGAGUUGGCACCCUGGUCAUAGUCAAAGAAGACGGCCUUCCACCACUAAAGUGGAAACUCGGACGAAUCCUCCAAAUCCACCCCGGUGUUGACAACAUCAUACGUUCCGUAACUAUCAGAACUGCAACAACGGAGCUGAAGCGUCCUGUAGUCAAGAUAUGUGUUCUACCCAACCAAGAUUAA